AUGUUUGUUCAAUUCACUCAAAAAGCUUUCUAUCUUAUGGCCUUAGCUUGGGUCUUAUCAUUUUCUGAAGCUACUUCUAUCCCAGGUGGAUUCCAAAAGAGAGGUGAUAAAGUUAUUAAAUUAGAUUUCAAUAAAGUCGCUGGUAAAACAAGUUAUUUACCACCAGUUGAAAAUAAAAAGAAAAGAGCCGGUACUUUUGAAUUUCCUUUAGAUAAUAAAGGAAGUUAUUAUCUUGCAGACAUUUGGGUUGGUUCCAACGGUGAUAAAAUUAGUGUCGAUGUUGAUACUGGAUCUUCAGAUUUAUGGCUUAUUGAUAGUGCUUCUGGUGUAAGUGCAACUGAUGGUUCUUAUGAUCAUUCAAAAUCUUCAUCUUAUAAAUAUGUAGCCAGUGGUUUUAGUAUUGGAUAUGCUGAUGGUUCUUAUGCUAAAGGUGAUUGGGUUAGUGAUAAAGUUUCAUUAAUUGAAGAUGGUUCAGUAUCAAUUCCAGCUUUAGAAUUCGGUGAUGCUACUGAUACUACCAUUACUUAUGGUAUUUUAGGUAUUGGUUUACCUAAUUUAGAAGCUGCUUCCACUGAAUAUGAUAAUUUACCAGUAUCUUUAAAGAAACAAGGGUAUAUCUCUAAGAAUGCUUACUCAUUAUAUUUAAAUAGUGCGGAAGCUACAACUGGUUCAGUAUUAUUUGGUGGUAUUGAUAAAGCUAAAUAUUCUGGUGAUUUGGUUAGUUUACCUGUUACUAGUUCCAAUAGAUUGAAUCUUGAUGUUAAAUCUUUCAGCAUUGGUGAUGUUACUGUCAAUACUGGUGUAUCAACUACCUUAGAUUCAGGUUCAACUAUUUCUUACUUGAACCCAGAUUUAUUAUCACAAUUUGCUAGUAAACUUGGUUUAACUUAUCAAGAUGGUGAUUCUCCAUUCUAUUACUGGGAUAAUUGUGAAGAUGCUGGUGAUUUGAAAGUUUCUUUCGAUGGUGUUGAUAUCACUGUUCCAAAAUCUUAUGUUACCAGUCCAUUACAAUACAAUGAUGGAUCAACAUCUCCUGCUUGUGCUUUGUUAGUCCUUCCAGAUGAUCGUUUCAACAUUUUAGGUGAUAACUUCUUGAGAAAUGCUUAUGUUGUUUAUGAUUUAGAUGAUAUGAAGAUUUCUUUAGCUCCUGUUAAAUACAGUACUGAUGAAGAUAUUUCCCCAAUUUCUUAA